CCCGACACCCGUCCUUGAACAGCAAAGGACUACAAAUUCCAGAUGAAAUACCGAUUGCCGGCAGCCCUCCUUUGUUUAAGGUUUGCAAGAUGGCGGAGAAGACGGCGAGGAAAGGGGCGGGCGAUAUGGGAGAAAAGAGAGAGGAGAGGGAAGAGGAGGGAUGUGUCUGUGAAGCCGGUUGGCCAGAUAUUGCUGCAGUUUCUUAUUUGAAACAGAACAGGGUGUCCCCGUCCCGUCCCCCGCGCCGAAAACUCAGGGCGGUGUCUGCCACAAGUGGGAUCACAACGAUGUGAAAGGAAAACACGAGCAUGACACGCGCACACUGCACGCGAAAAAGCUCCUGUCCUAAGGGGCAUCUUGGGGAGAGGUGCACCCUGCCGGGAAAAGAGCAGCGGCACUGAGUGCGGUGCUGGCGCUGGCUAGCGGGUCUAAAACUCUCCAAAAGCGGAGAUCAGUUCUUCCGACAGCGGCUGCGGCUGGGAGAAGGGAUGAUGACCCCCCCCCAGCAAACCGCGGCGCUGCUGCGCCUGAGCCGCCUCAGGCUCACAGUGCAAGAAGGCAAGCGAGUGUGGGGGAGGGGAGAAGCGCCAGACUCGCGCCUUUUUUUCUUUCUUCAGUUCUCAAUCAGGUCGGACUCCAGGCAAUAUAUAACGCGCUCUUCGCCAGGCUCUCUACACACAGGCAGUAGCAAACAGUUUGUAACAAUGUCAGGUCGCGGCAAAGGCGGCAAGGGACUGGGGAAAGGCGGUGCCAAACGCCACAGGAAGGUGCUGCGAGACAACAUCCAGGGCAUCACCAAGCCGGCCAUCCGCCGCCUAGCUCGGCGUGGCGGCGUGAAGCGCAUCUCCGGCCUCAUCUACGAGGAGACUCGCGGGGUUCUCAAGGUCUUCUUGGAGAACGUGAUCCGCGACGCCGUCACCUACACGGAGCACGCCAAGCGCAAGACUGUCACCGCCAUGGAUGUAGUCUACGCGCUCAAGCGCCAGGGCCGCACCCUCUACGGCUUCGGCGGCUAAACGGAGACGAAAAAACCCAUCUAACCAGCUACUUUGAACACAAAGGCUCUUUUCAGAGCCACCCACAUUUUCGCAGAAAGAGUUGCUAAUAUCACUUGUGCUGUCAUCGUAUCUUAAAAAUGCUCUUGGGCAUCGUUUGGGCACUUCUAUUUAUUUUCUCCCCUCUCCCCCUUUUUUUCUUGAAUUUAUUAUUUUUCCUUUUUUUUUUGCAUUUAUAUAGGUUAGUUCGCUGUGUGAGUGGGGCUGGCGGCGGUGCGAUAGUACACACUGAACUUACUGACCCGGGUAUUAGAGAAUCCCUCCUCCCCGCCACGGGUAAGCGCAAGCAGGGAAAUACAAAAGCCCACAUUAAAUUUUAAACGCAUUAAGGCAGUCGAGCAAACAACAGCUCAUUUUAUCGAGACUGUGGUGGCUCUUAAAAGAGCCUUUAGGUUUUCGGCAGUUACGUGGAAUGAAUGCAGCCUUCCCAGGGUCUC